AUGUUCGCUCGCUCCACCCUCGCUGUUGCGUUCGCCGCCCUCCUUGCUGUCGCCACUGCGGCUCCCCAGGGCACUGCUCCUAGCCAGUGCAACACCGGCUCCAUCCAGUGCUGCCAGUCCACGAAGAAGGUUUCCUCUUCCAGCGUCAACGCCCUGGGAGGCCUCCUCGGCGUCGUUGUCGACGCGGUUGAUGCCCUCGUCGGCGUUGACUGCAGUCCCAUCUCGGUCGUCGGACUCGGCGGCAACAGCUGCAGCGCUACGCCCGUGUGCUGCGAGAACAACAGCUUCAAGGGCCUGAUUGCUCUCGGCUGCGUCCCCGUCAACCUGUCGCUCUAA